CACAUGUUCUCUUCUUGAUCGACCCUUUUUCACUCGUUUUUUACACCUUUCUACCUGGAUACUUGCUUUCUGAGGCAUGACGGCGCGAUCUCCUCUCUGUUAACUGCUGCGAUUCGUCUCACCAUCGGAGCGGCAAUGCCGCAUUGACGAUAGCUGAAUCUCUACUCCGCAGCAACAGCCAUGAGUUACUCAUACCCUCAUUCGCACGGCACCAGCUCUGGCAGCUAUCGGCCGGCACGUCGAGAGCUUGAUAUGGAGCCAGCUCAUAUUUUCAGCCACGUGCGAGAUUACCUGCCAUCGUUCGCUCAGCAGUGGACGAUGGAAUUGAAAGAUGAAUUUCAAAGCCGAAAAGGGAUACUGUCAUUAUUUGGGAAAAUUGCGCGGCGCAUCUUCACUGUUGCAAAUGCACUGGUGAUACUGUGGGCUUGCACGCUGUGGUGGGGGGAGCGGACCGUCUUCCAAGAUAGUGUCAAGGCGUGUGCGUGGGAGAAUUGGGAGAAAUGGCCCCAAGACGCGAAACCGCACCAUGUCGCGUUCAUCGCCGACCCCCAACUAGUCGAUCCGCAUACCUAUCCCGGCCGGCCGUGGCCUCUGUCGACCUUGACCGUGAAAUUUACCGACCAAUACAUGCGACGUUCGUUCUCGUCCCUCCAAAUGGACCUCGGCCCAGACUCUGUACUGUUUCUUGGGGACCUAUUUGAUGGCGGCAGGGAGUGGGCAACGGCAACUAGCUCCAGUCCGGAGAAGCGCUACAAGAAGUACAAGGAUCGGUUUUGGAAGAAGGAGUUUCACCGAUUCACGAAGAUAUUUAUGGACACAUGGAAUGAUGGUGAUGGACACUCAACGGACCCCCAUGGGCGAAGAAUGAUUACGAGCCUGCCGGGCAAUCACGACCUGGGCUUUGGCUCGGGUGUGCAGAUUCCCGUUCGCGAACGCUUUCAGAGCUUUUUCGGGAAGGGUAAUCGUGUGGAUGUGAUUGGGAAUCAUACCUUUGUCUCGGUAGACACCGUCUCCUUGAGUGCCAUGGACCAACCCGACCCGGAGACUGGCAGCUCGGGCGCUGGCACUGGAGAGGGAGACCUGCCAAAUCAGCGGAUUUGGGCGGAGACGGAGCAGUUUCUCAACAACAUGAACGUACACCGUGGUCGAGCGGAAAUGGAAUCCUUGCGCAUGCUGAGGAAUGAGAGCGAGGGGCACCUUUAUGUGCAUCGGGCAGUGGAGAUUUUGGAGCCCUCCUUCUAUCACCGGCCACAGCCGGAGGUGGCAGGCCUCCCCGCGAUUCUGCUGACUCACGUGCCGUUGUACCGCAAACCGGCCACGCCAUGCGGGCCUUACCGAGAGCGGUACCCCCCAUCGAGCGACAACCUCGAAGAGGAUGAGCGCAAUUCCAUUCCUAUGGGUCGAGGCUAUCAGUACCAAAAUGUCCUAACGCCUACCAUUUCACGGGACAUCGUGUCCAAGGUUGGCCCCAACCUGGUCCAAGUCUAUUCAGGGGAUGAUCACGAUUACUGCGAAAUUGCCCAUCACGAGUUCAGUGGGUCCCCCCGGGAAAUCACGGUGAAGAGCCUGUCUUGGGCGAUGGGAAUUCGGCGUCCUGGCUUUGUCAUGACCAGUCUGUGGAACCCUGUCAACCAAACGACCGGACAGUCGCUGCAAUCACCCGGGUCCGGUCGGACGGUGCAGAAUCACCUGUGCCUGCUUCCCGACCAGCUCUCCAUCUUCAUUGAUUACGGACUCGUCUUCGGUCUCACCCUGGCCAUUCUGCUCCUCCGGGCAGUUAUUGUGGUGAAACACACUCCACAGACUAGCGCCGCCGACCCCAUCCUUCCUUUGUCGGAGAGUCGCGGUCACCCUCCGCAGCGCCCCGUCCGUUAUAAGACUCCGUCUUCCAGUACGUCCAGCUCCACGCUCCCAUCACCGCGCGGCUUGGCGAGUCGCGGGGUCAACAAUCCCCCCCUGUACGCCACUUACGCAGGUGCAGAUGAGGACGAGCUGGGUAGCGCCAAAUGGAAGCCGACACGGGAUGGCUCUGGGCGCCAAGCGGGUCGGCACACGACCACGGCCGGGAAGAUUAAAGGUGAAUUUGUAGGUUCCGUGAAGCACGUAGCCGGCGUUGUGUUUGCGUGGUAUUUCUUUCUCAUCUGGCGCUGGUAGUUGGGUAAAAGGAUUCGAGUGGGUGGGCCGGAGUUGGUAGAUAUUGUGGACUGUUGGAAUUAUAUAUAAUUGAGCCAGGUGGGAUUGGGCACACUCUGGAAUCUUCGCCGUAGCCUUGCUGGACUGGGUUACGGUUCUGCAUUUGGGCGACAGAAUCAUGACUAUCGUCC